CUUUCCCAGGCAGCAGGUGUCAAGCAUCCACUUUCCAGACUUUACCCUCGGAGGAGCUGCUUUGGAGCAGCAUGCGCAGCAAAGGACACCCAGCCUGGAAGGACCCAGCCCGGGAGGAAGGGGCUGCUGACAGCCCAAGGCACAGCACCCCUCCAGCCCACCCUGGCCCAAGUCGGAUCAUCUCUGCACUUGCCUGGCGUCGAGCCCCACGUGCAAUACCUGACCUGAACGUUUUGUUCGUUCGGCUCGCGUUAGGCAGGUCCAGCCCGUCUGCAAGCGCAUGGCUGGCGCUCGCCCCGCAGCACCGCAGCCCCGCAGCACCGCAGCCCUGCAGCCCCUGCUGCGGGCCAGGUGAACACCCAGUGCGUGUGCGGAGCAAAGUGCGCCAGGGACGUGCACAACACGCAAUCUCACCCAAACACACGCAGCAGCGAGCGGCCAGUGCACACAGAUGAAGCAAUCCACACACAGCGUGCAUGAACGCCAUGGGACUUCCACAUGGCACUGUGGGACGUGGGACCCAGGUGACAGUGGUACACAUGGCCUUUCUGGCACUCAGCUUUGCAGGCUGUGACGUGCAGGGCCCGUGUCCAUGUGGACACGGCAUGGCAGGCACAUGUAACGCUCUAGGCACACGCAUCUUGCCCCUGUGGCUGAUUGCUGCUUGUAGCAGCCUGCCGGGGAAGGGCAGCCUGGCCCUGGCAGCACUGCAGAGCCAUGGCAGGCACAGAGCCCUGGCACGGUGCUGGCCCAGGGUGGAGUUUGGCAGGCCCUGCCAAGCACUCAGGUAGGUCUCAAUGGUCUGCUGGCACCAAGGGAGCUUUAGCUGCUGGCAGUGAAGCAGCCCACUGCUGGGGAGGGCAGGAGCAGGCAGCCAGGAGCAGGGCAGAGGAUGAGGGGUGUCACAUCCUUUCUCGCCUCCCUCUGCCUUGAUUCACUCCCAGGACCUGCACUUCCCAGCCCUCCCAGGACUGUCUGACUGUCCAGGGCAGGUGUUUCCUGUUGUGCACCCAAAGCCUGCAGGCCAGGUGCCAGAUCCUGCUGAUGGCAAUCCCUCUGCCUAUGCUUGCUGUGGAAGGGUGUGGGAGGUGGUGCUGGCAAGCCAGUGUGUGUCUUCCAGGACAGCCCUGCUCACUGCCUGCCCUGCUCUCCAAGCACAAGUGCUUGACCUGGACUCCUGUCCCAUUCCACAUCUGUCCCAUCCCUCUCCCCCAGCAGCCAAAGACAUUCAGAGCCCGGGGCUGCUCCUAGCACCAUGGAGGCUGCACAGAGUCACAGAGAGCUAGGAGUUGGGACAGCAGUAACUCUGCUUUCCUCCCACCUCAGGAUAUUUUUUGGGAAUGGAAAGAUCCCUCACUCCCUACUCUCUAUGUCUGGCUCUGCCUGCGAUUUCUCUGUCAGCCCUGAGCUGCUUCUGCCCUGCCCUCAGGCACAGGCACUUCCAUAGCACAGGAUCCAGUUCUGGUCCUGCUGUGCUCAGGGAUGCUCUGAGUUUACAGGUGGAUCCUGAGCCCAUCUGCAGCCUCUCUACAAACACCAAAAACGUUCAGCCCAUCCACCCAGUGUGGAUGGAGGAGAGGUUGGAGUGUGCUAAGGUUCAUGAUGAUUCCUGCUGCUUUCCCUCACCCCCAUGCAGCUAUGCACAGGACAAAGCUCAGCAGCCCUGGUCCUGAAGUGGGAUCUUGUUCCCUCCUUGGGGUGCCCCUGCAAGGGGCAGAGAUGAGGCACCUCCUAGGCUUCCUGUUUGGGCAGAUGCUUUGGGAAGUUUCCAUCAGGUGGUGUAGGCAGGGGCCAAAAUCAAAGAGCAUCUCCAGGGUUGCCACACUCCCUGCAUCCCCAGAGCUAAGGGUCCAUCCUAGCCUGGGAACAAUGUGGUCACUGGCCAUCACUGUGGUCAUGGGCCCUUGGGGCUGUGUCUCCAGGCUCUGUGUCCCCUGCUACCAAUCCUGACAAAGUUGAAAAGCUGAGAAAGCACAACACAUCCCCUGAUAUGCACAACCCUCUGCAGCUGCCCUGCUCAGGCUGGGAUCAAACAGAACAUGAUUAAUAACUGUGAGCAAAGCCAGACCCUGCUGUCCAUGUGCUCCGGUCGCUGCACGUGUGUCCCUGUGGGGGCAGAGCCUGGAGAUGGUAUCUGGCAGAGCAGGGCUGUGGAAAUGCAGCCAGGCUGCCUCUGCUUUCACCUGCCUGCUCCAGCCCCUCUGGGCUCUCUUGUGCCCUAUGGCUUACCUGCCCCCCUGCCACCUCCCCAGCCUGCUCCCACUGCCCCAGCUCUGCCAGCCCAGUGGCCCUGGGACGCUGUUCCAAGGUGGGAUGGCUCCCAGCAGCCACAUUGUCCUGAGGGCUGUGUUACCUGGGGAAUGAAUGACUCUCUGGCAGGAUUAGCAGCCAAGGGUGAGCUUCUCCUCACAACAGGCAGAGCCAGAGGCACCAAACACCCACUUUUACAUGUCAGAGCCAGUGCUGGUACCACGGGUACCAAGGCUGGCAUGGGAUGGGGCACAGUGGGGUAUUGCUGUCUGUGCUGGGUGGUGCUGAUCCCCAAACCCCAGGCUCUCCAUGGCCAGUGGCACGGCUUUGGGGACCUUGGGACCUGGGCUGGGGAUUUCCAUGGCACAGUUCCGCACCAGGAGGAUUUGCAUGGAGAGGGCAGGGUGCAGGAGGAGCACUGUGGAGACGCAAGUGCCCAGGUUUGGAUUUGCACACAGGUGUAGCUUCACACAGGUGUGUAUGUGCAUGCAUGCCCGUGUAUUUGCAUAGGGGUUUCAGUGUGUGUGCCCUCCCCGGCAGGCAGAGCAGAGCUGGUGCAUCCCUGUCCUGUGUGUGUGUGUUCUCCUGCUGAGCUGAACGGGCCGUGCUGGCCAUGCCCCUGUGGUGCUGCUCCGUUUCCUGGUGUGUGCAGCUGAAGGUGUGGGUGAGAGCAGAGGUGUGCACUGCUGCUGGCAGCCUCUGGGCUGCUCAUGUCCUGCCCAGCCCGGAUGGGGUGUGCCAUCCUGGGGCAGGCCCUGCUUUAUUCAGGAUGUGGGAGAGGCAGCUGGCUGUCCUCAGCACACCAGAGCUCUGGAGGGGACCAGCCCACAGCGCUGUGUGGGCACCUCAGGGGCUGAGAACCAGAGUGGUGUGAGCAUCUCUAGACCUCAACUGACCCCGCUCAGCCUGUCUGGCACAUCUCUGCUGUGCCUGAAGGACGUGCCCAGGCAGAGCAGGAGCUGCCUGCCCCUCAAAGUCAGUCUGUCCCAGCAGCACUGUGGGUACCCAGAGAGUUUGCACAAGGAGACAGGCUGCUUGUGACCCUGGGGAUGAGCUGAUGUUGGAGGCCAGAGUGCUGCUCCAGCCUGCUCCUGGCAUGGCCAGACCCGGGGCAGGGAGCACAGGGACUGUCCUCGCUCUGUGUCCUGCACUCCCCUUGCCAGGCUUCAGGUGCUGUCACCAGGCCAUGAAUCCAUCCCACACACCACCCCCAGCUGCAGACAACAAGAAGAGGCAGACUUCAGUCUCCCUGGACUCUGGGACAAGCUUAUCCCCCUCUGUCAGACAGGAUGGAGGGGAGAGCUGCGUCCCAGGCAUGGAUCUGCAUUCUACUGUGGUGAAACUACAGGAAUUCUGCACACUCCAACCCAUUCCUGGCCGUGGGGAGUAUCAGGGACAGCAUAGGCACAGCCUGGCACCCUCCCUCCUGCACCCACACACCACUGGGGUGAGGGGACAUGUUUUACAAUUGCCCCAAAAAAAUGUCUUUGAGCCCCCAUGAGAGAAAGGGAUAAGGGAGAGCCCUGAUGAAGGAGUCAAGAUGCUGGGGUGAAAAAAACAGAGCUUAUACUCAUCCUGCCUCUUGGAGCACAUCAGCCCCAUCCUCCCACAGGGCCUGCAGGAAGGGGUGAGUGAUGGGGCUCCUCUCUUCCCAGCCGGCAGCUCUGGGAAGUGCGUGGGCAGCCUGCCCAGGGGAUGGACACUGAGCAGGCUGCCAGGGCUGCUGCUUCUGGCCCAGCUAUUGCUGGCUUCAGGAGCCCUGGGGCAGGAUGUUCUGUUCCUGUGGCAGCACCUGGCUCAGCCCCCGCCUGCGCUGAUCCUCGGAGCUGCUGGAGGAGGGGACCUGCCGCUGCCAGCCUGUCCAUCUGCCUCCUGCGUGAGCAUCACCCAGCUUGGGGUGCCUGCCGCUACAGAUGAGGCUAACAGGGCAGUGCAGGAGCACUAGGGUGGAGUGGGAGCUUGGCCAGGUGCAGCUGAGCUGGUGUCCCCUGGCUCUGAGGCUGCCAGCCUUAAUCUUGCACUCUGCACCUCCAUGACAACACCCUAGAUGCUAUAGGUAAGGCUGGCAUCUGGGAAGCUGUGCUCAGCCCGUGGUAUCCCUCCAAACUGGCACAAUGUACUGAAGGAGAUGGAUCAGCAGCUGCAUCCGGGCCAGGCUGGGUGUGGGUUGGGAUGUGCUCCCCUGUCUCCAUCACCACAGCCCUGGGACUGGUCUGCACUGGGGACUCUGAGGACCAGCAAGCUCCUCCAGGACACUGAAGACAUGGGGUGCCCUGGAGGUGCCAGGCUGAGCUCACCUGUGCUAACAAGCAGGAGGUCACAGUGGCUGGCACCAGCAGGCUCCCUUCCAGGUCAGGAUCUGGACCAGAGGACCAGACACUAGCUCCUCUGCCCCAGUGCCUGGCAUCCCGACUGGGUAAGGUGUGACAGAGGGGACAGCUCAGGCUGAAAGGGACAUGCCACCCCGGGUUCCCUUUUGGAGCAGUCUGGCUUGGUUUUGUGCUGCUGUCAGUUCCCUCCCAGGGCUGGGCUAGGCUGGGGAGGCAGCCUUUGCCACCUGCUCACACCCAGGCUGUAAUCCACAGGCAGGAGGGAAGCAGCUGGCGGAGCCUCCCUGACCUUCAGGUGGGAUUAGUCCCCAUGGGAACAGUGGGGAGCAGGCAGGUGAGGCCACGGCUCCCCUGGCACUUCGUGGGGACCGAGCACACCCCCAUGCUGGGGACAGCCACGCUCAGGUGGUGAACGGGUGGCACAGGGUGACCCCGUGUCCCUGGCAGUGUCCUUGUCCGGGAGGGCUGUGCCGGUGCACCCCCAGGGCUGUGGGUGCCACAGGGCAGGGCCCACGAGGAGGGGGCGAGCAGCGUGCCUGGCGUGGCCACGGUGCCAGGGGCAUGGAACAGCUGGCAGCCCCCGCCGUGCGUGUGCACCUGCGUGGGAGCUAAUCCCAGCAGCAUCUGCCGGGCUCCUGCCGCCCCAGGAGCUUCUGGCUGCAGGGAUGGGACGGGGCGGCUGCGUGCACAGGGGACACGUGCCUGGGGGGCAGCUGGCAAGGGCUCCCUGUGCGAGGAGGCUGCUGUGGCAGAUGUGUGCUGCGCACAUACGGCUCAUGUGGCCAGCACAGCUUCUGGAGGGGACAAGUGGCGCUGGGGAUCCCAGCAACCCUUCUGGCUCUGGGGUCACAUUCAGAAGGUGGGAGUAGGGGUUUUGGCUGGGAUUAACCAGUGCUGGUGUGGCCACGUUCAGAGCAGCCCCGAAGCACAGGUGACUGGAGAGAGAAGGAGGGUGUUUGCAUCCUUGUCGAGGAGGAUGAUUUCCCACAGAAAUGAGGCUGGGGGAGAAAGCAGAGGAAAAAGGGAGCAGUGGGGCUGUGUGGGGGCAAUGACACACCACCCCGAUCUAAUCAGCCAGACCCUGCAAAUAAAAGCCACCUGUUUUGGCCCUGACAGCAGGAAGCCAUCCCUAGAACAAACAGAGCACCAGGCAACUGGAAGAAAGACAAACAGGGGCCGGCUCCAGCUCCAUCUGCUCCUCUGGGCCCAGCCCCCAGACCUCCAGCCCCCUGGAGAGCCGGUCCAGCCCCCAGUAGGGCUGGGGAGAAGGAGAGAGCAGCUAGAGGUCCUUGCAGGGUGUGACCAGGGCUCAGCCCUGCUGUCAGCCAGGUGGACACACACAGCUGUGCUGCCUUGGUCAGCCAGCCCAGAUGUUCCAUCAAUGGGUACAGCUGUGUAUUGCCACAGACAUGGCAUCGGCCUCGGGAUUCCUGGGCAGCCCUUCAGCCUGCAGGCUCCCCAGCUGUGCCCUGUCCUGGGACCUGCACAAGGCACGGGGUUCAGCUCAUGGCUGGCAUGGUCUGGGCUUGGCAGGGAGCACUCGGGUGACCCUGUGCUCCCGCCGUGCCCCCGGGCUGCCGCGCUGUGCCCAGUGGCACUGGGAAACAUGAUCUGUUUUGCUAGUGCAGGGAACAAGCUGAGCUGGGAGCUACGAGGGGCCCUUAUUAAAUUAGCCUAUGCAGGAGGCCCUGGGCGAGGGCUAACCAGCUCCCACAGCCCGCAUCAGAGCUGCCCUUGAGCAGAGUCCCUGCCUGCCCCCGCACAGCCUCCCUCUGCCCCGACCCCAGCUGGGCAGGGGUGGCUGGGGCUUGCAGGUGACCUAGCCAGGGGAACGCUGGCUGGUGACAGGGACUACCUGGAGAUGGCCCGGGAGGACAGGCUGCAUCAGCAUUCUGGGGUGCAGCCGGGGAAGGGAAGGCUCCUUGUGGGUGACCCCACUGACCCACUGGGGCUGUGGCUCCCAUGUGGCUGCCCUGAAUGUACCAAGCAGGAGGUGAAGCACAUCCCAGAGAGUGCUGAGGAACGAGGGAGUGGCACUGUCUGCUCUGGGCUUCUCCUCGGCACCACUCGCCUUCCAGUGCUUUUAUCCCAAAUGUUGCAUGGGGAUGGCUGGGUGGCUUGCUUGCCCCUCGUGGCACACCCUCAGUGCCCCAUGGAUGCUGUGGCACACCAUACAGUGCCCCACACCUGCACAUCCUGUACAGCUUGCAGCAUCCCAUGUGUUCUGCGGUGCCUCACGCACUGGGGCUCUGUGAUACACCCACAGUGCCCUGCACCUCAGAGUCCCCGGCUCAAGCACCCCAAACUAACCAGUGCCCCACAUCUCUGUUCUCACAGCCCAGGCAAGGCAUGGCAGCACCGUGGGGAGACCCUGCAGUGCACUAGCUCUGCCUCUUGCCAAGGUGAUGGCCUCCCCAAAUCCUGCCCAGACCUGUCUCCCAGCAUUUUGAGAGAUGUCCCCAGGCCACCAGGCUGCACCGGGGUUCUUUUCCUUCUCCAGGGAGCAUCCCCAUCCUUCCGUCCACCUUCUGCUUCCCCAGACAGCUCCAAGAGGGUCUCCUCCUCCCUGCUAGGAGCACUUCAGGCAACGCAAGCUGAGGGUCGCCUCCCCAGCGCCUGUGCCCUGCCAAGGGCCACUAAUGUCCCUGAGCUGGAGCCUGCUCCAACCGCUGCCAGGCUGCACCCUCUGCUGGGACCCGCAGGCAUCGGCGCGGAUCCGCACCGAGCCGCGGGGCCGUCGGGCAUGGGGAGGUGACAAAGGGAACCCCCGAGUGCUGCCCCCAGCCCCUCCUUGCUGUCACCCCUCAGUCCCCUGUUGGUGUUGAUGCCAGGCGUACUAACACCACCCCCAGCUGCUCACACUGCAUUCCCCAUAACCAACAAUGUCCGGGCCUCUUGUGAUGUUGACCCCAUGCCCAGGAGCCCCAGAAGGGCUGGAGCUUUCCUGGGAAGGUUUGAGGUGCUGUGGUCCGGCCCUUGCCCAGUGGCCAGCGUGGCACCUGCCCAGCUGAAGGUGGGGAGUGCCCGGCCUCACCACAGACUGCACAGGGGUGCUGCAAGAGACACAGCUGCCUGGACACCCAGGAUUUCACAGCUCACAGGGCACUCUUCCUCCUUUCCAGCCUGUGUUGGCCUCGUCCAUCCCAGGUCCUGGUAGGAGACACUGGGGAUAGCUGCAUGGCAUGGUGCAGUUCCAGGCAGGGCAGCUCCUCCUCUCCAGGUGAGGGACACAGCUCUCUCCCAAAGCUGGUCCCCUCCUGCUGUGCACAGUGUCCCUGGGCAAGUGGAAGGUGAGUGGGAGCAGAGGGAGCUCUUUGUCAAGCCAGGGGAAAUGCCCAGGGCAUUACAAUCUUUUAAGUGGGGUCCAUUAGUGCCCAGUCUGCAGCCAGCACAGGAAUCCCUGCAGGGCCUGGCUGGAAAAGGAUGGCAGAGUCCCACGUGGAGGGGCAGAAGCAGCCCCAGAUAAGCCCCGAGUUCCAGCGCGAGGCCAUCAGUGCCCCUCAGCUCCCAGAUGGUAAAUCCCCACUUCACCCUGGCACCUCCUUCCCACGAGCCUCAACCCUGGCAAAGGCCGCGGAUGCCCUGGGAAAGGCUGGGUCCCUAAUCCCUGGGCCAAGCGGGGGCAUUGUCCGGGGGCAGAAAGGAAAGCGGCGCGUCAGGCCCUUUGCCCAUUGUGCCCUGAGCCCCUGCGCAAACACAGCCCAGCACUUUCAUUGUCAGCGCGGCCGGGCGCGGGGGGGCCGCUCUCGCCACACUGCCUGAGUGGAAUGGACAGCCGGAGCCUGGGCCGGGAGAGCAGCCGGGCCCCCCCACGCCCUGCCUGCUGACACAGCGCCCUGGCCGCCUGCACCAUCGGCACUUCAGCGCCCGCCUAUAAAGGGCGAGAGGAAAAGCGGCGCCGGCACCGCCACCUCCGCCUCUGUGCCCUGCCCUCCGACCAACAGCCGAGCGACCCGUAUGACCAGCAGUGAAGCCAUGGACACCCUGGGGCAGUACAAGAUCACGGUGUGGGAGGAGGAGAACUUCCAGGGCAAGCGCUGCGAAUUCCUCAUGGAGUGCCCCAGCAUCAUGGAGCGCGGCUUCCGCAAGAUCCGCUCCAUCAAGGUGGAGUCUGGCCCCUGGGUAGGCUUCGAGUACCCUGAGUACCAGGGACAGCAGUUUAUCCUGGAGAAGGGUGACUAUCCCCGGUGGGAGGCCUGGAGCGGGAACAGUGGCUACCGGACCGAGCACCUGCUCUCCUUCCGGCCCGUCAAAUGCGCAGUGAGUUUCUGGGACACCACAGAGGGCGGGCUCGGGGCAGGCAGAGCCUCCUCCAGGCAGCCCAGCAUGGAGGCCGUGAGGGACACACUGGAGGAUGACUUACACGGGGCAUGGGAUGGAGGGGUGAGCUGUUCACAGAGGUACGUGCCAAGUGGAGGAGUAGCAGCACCCACCAGCCCCCACCUCCCUGCAAAGAUCCCGGGAUGCUUUUUAGGUCUAAAAUUUAACCUGAACCACAAUUCCAGCUCCUUCUGCUCUGCGCUUUGGAGAGCCGCCUCCCAGGCCGGGGUUCCAAGGCCUUGUCCCCCAGCCCUGAUUCCCGGGGAUGGGGUGAGCAGAGAGGAGCAGGCAGGGAUGCUCGGAGCGCAGGGCCCGUCCCUGGCAGCCGGGGCACCUGAGGCGUGCCGGCAGCCCGGCUCUAUCGCUCCAUCUGCAGAGACGCUGCCGCUCGCAGCGGCGGCACGUCUGCGCCUCCGAGCGGGGGGUCCCCCCCCAACUUUUAAUAAUCACCAGGCAGAUAUGUGCAGGCUUUAAUAAAGGGGAUGCGAUAAGAUCACUCCUUGCUGGCAGGACUGCUCCUCGGUGCAGAUAGAUGCAUGUGGGGGCUGGGCACGGGGGACAGUGCUGCAUCACUCAGUGUCCCAGCCAUUAACCCCACCGUGUCCAGCACCCAGAAAGGCCCCGCAGAGCUCAGGGGACCUCUCUCAGCAUCCUGCCUUGCCCUGAACCCUCCUGCAACCUUGGGGAGCGUGGUGAUGCUGAGGGCAGCAGUCUGUGUGGGUCCAGAAGUUGUAGCCACUAACUCUCACUGGCAGCUGUGCAUUGGGACCACAGGGACACAAGAGCAGCAUCCUCGGGGCAGUUCUGGGGUGUCCCAGUGAGGGGGUGCCAGGUUGAAGGACAUCCCCAUGCAUUGCACCAAAGCUGCUCACAAUCCCAGGCCUCUCAAAGUGCCUUGGUGUGUGUCACACUGAUGCCACAUCCCCUAUCCCUGGGCAAGCCAACCCAUUCCUGCUGACCUCCAGCUCUGUCUCUCUGCAGAACCACAAUGACAGCAAAGUCAUCCUCUACGAGGCUGAGAACUUCCAGGGUCACAAGUUUGAGCUGAGUGACGACUAUCCCUCGCUGCAGGCCAUGGGCUGGGGCAACAAGGAGGUGGCAUCCAUCAAAGUGAACG